GCGGGGCGGGCGGGCGCGGGGCUCGGGCUAGCUGCAGGGCCGGCCCGGAUGGCGGGCGGCGCGGGCUGGGCGGGCGCCCCCGCGGCUCUGCUGCGCUCGGUGCGCCGCCUGCGCGAGGUGUUCGAGGUGUGCGGCCGCGACCCCGACGGCUUCCUGCGCGUGGAGCGCGUCGCGGCGCUCGGACUGCGCUUUGGCCAAGGCGAGGAGGUGGAAAAACUCGUGAAGUAUUUGGAUCCCAACGACCUGGGGAGAAUCAACUUCAAGGACUUUUGCCGAGGGGUGUUCGCCAUGAAAGGGUGUGAGGAGCUGCUGAAGGACGUGCUGUCCGUGGAGAGCGCCGGGACGCUGCCCUGCGCACCCGAGAUCCCGGACUGUGUGGAGCAGGGCUGCGAGGUGCCAGACCCCACCUUUGCUGAUGGCGAGCUCCUGCCCACAGAGCCAGACUUCUUUCCCGAGGAUGAGGACGAGGCCAUGACGCUGGCCCCGCCCGAGGGCCCCCAGGAGUCAGACAUGGAGGGCCCAGUGGAGAGCACUCAGAGCCUGGAGGGGCCGGUCGGAAUUCCCGCUGAGAAGGAUGCGGGUCUAGGAGGCCUGUUCCUGCCAGAGGACAAGUCCCUGGGCCACCCUCCGUCCAUGACCACGUCAGACCUCUCCACGCACUCCACCACCUCGCUCAUCAGCAACGAGGAGCAGUUUGAGGACUACGGGGAGGCGGAUGACGUGGACUGUGCCCCCAGCAGCCCCUGCCCGGACGACGAGACCAGGACCAACGUCUACUCGGACCUGGGGUCCUCAGUGUCCUCCAGCGCGGGGCAGACGCCUCGAAAGAUGCGGCAUGCAUACAACAGCGAACUGCUGGAUGUCUACUGCUCUCAGUGCUGCAAGAAAAUCAACCUGCUUAACGACCUGGAAGCCCGGCUGAAAAACCUGAAGGCCAAUAGCCCCAAUCGAAAGAUCUCCAGCACAGCCUUCGGACGGCAGCUCAUGCACAGCAGCAACUUCAGCAGCAGCAACGGCAGCACCGAGGACCUGUUCCGGGACAGCAUCGACUCCUGUGACAACGACAUCACAGAGAAGGUGAGCUUCCUGGAAAAAAAGGUGACAGAGCUGGAGAAUGACAGCCUGACCAACGGGGACCUGAAGAGCAAGCUGAAGCAGGAAAACACACAGCUGGUGCACAGGGUGCACGAGCUGGAGGAGAUGGUGAAGGAUCAGGAGACCACGGCCGAGCAGGCCCUGGAGGAGGAGGCGCGGCGCCACCGCGAGGCCUACAGCAAGCUGGAGCGCGAGCGCGGCACGGAGAUCGAGCUGCUCACCACCAGGGUGCAGCAAUUAGAGGAAGAAAACACCGAGCUUAGAACGACGGUGACUCGGCUCAAGUCACAGACAGAGAAGCUGGAUGAGGAGCGGCAGCGCAUGUCCGACCGGCUGGAGGACACGAGCCUGCGGCUCAAGGAUGAGAUGGACCUGUACAAGCGCAUGAUGGACAAGUUGCGGCACAACCGCCUGGAGUUCCAGAAGGAGCGGGAGGCGACGCAGGAGCUCAUCGAGGACUUGCGGAAGGAGCUGGAGCACCUGCAGAUGUACAAGCUGGACUGCGAGCGGCCGGGCAGGGGCCGCAGCUCGUCCUCCAGCCUCGGCGAGUUCAACGCCAGAGCCCGAGAGGUCGAGUUGGAGCAUGAGGUCAAGCGGCUCAAGCAGGAGAAUCACAAGCUCCGAGAUCAGAAUGACGACUUGAAUGGACAGAUCCUGAGCCUCAGCCUCUACGAAGCCAAGAACCUCUUUGCCACCCAGACCAAAGCCCAGUCCCUGGCAGCGGAAAUAGACACAGCCUCUCGCGAUGAGCUCAUGGAAGCCCUCAAGGAGCAGGAGGAGAUCAACUUCCGGCUGAGGCAGUACAUGGACAAGAUCAUCCUUGCCAUCCUGGACCACAAUCCCUCCAUCCUCGAGAUCAAACACUGAGACGAGGGUUGCUGGCUGCAGAGCAGCCGCAGGACCCCCGGACCCCAGGAUUCAGGGGCAGAACCCCGCCCCAGGAUGCAGCCCGGGCCGGGCCUCCCACGCACACUGUAAAUGUGUCUCUGGCCA